CCUCCUCUCCUCGGGAAGCAGCCAGGUUCAUCUCCAGGCAUCAGUCAUGUCCUGCUCCGAUAAGUGCUGUCCCUGUGGCCCCUGCCAGCCCUGCGGCCCGUGCCCGCUGGCCAGCAGCUGCAAUGAGUGCUGUUGCAGGCAGUGCCAGGACUCCGUUGUGGUCAUCGAGCCCUCUCCCGUGGUGGUGACCCUGCCCGGACCCAUCCUCAGCUCCUUCCCUCAGAACACCGCUGUGGGAAACUCCACCUCCGCUGCUGUUGGCAACAUCCUCAGCUGUAACGGAGUGCCCAUCAACACUGGCUGCUGUGACCUGUCCUGCAUCAUCAGCUGCUGUGGCAACAGAUGCCGACCCUGCUAGGAAUAUUCGCGGUGGCCCUGGACAAGAGCUUCCAAGACCCGAGAGCACGGUGCUAGACAUGAGACAGAGCUUUGAGGCAUUGUCUUGAGA